AUGGCGAGCGAGAACUGGGGUGCGCGGGAGGGCGAAUCCACAGUGACGGGCGUUCUUGGGGCUGGGUGCACCUCCCGCUCCGGCCCGGCUCAUUCCGUGCAUUCCGGCCAUCCCCCUGCCCACGACCCCCCUUCCCGGCCCCCCUUGCUACUCCCUCGGGCCCGGAGGAGCGGCCCGGCGGAGCGCCCCCCGGAGCUCGGAGCAGGUAAGCCCACGGGACACAACUCGGAGGCCUCGCGCGCAGAGGUGACUGCUCGGGGUGGCUUCUGGAUGGCGGGGACCCGAGACACCCUAGGGGCGCUGAGCUAUUGUCCAGCCUGCUCCCGAGCCCAGGACCUGGGUGCCGGGAAGUUUGGAGGGAACGGGGGGGAGACGCUCUCCGGGAAGCCCCGCCCACUCACCCCACCCCCCCGCGACCCGAAGGCUGGGAAGCUCGGAGUGUCCCGGGUGCCCGGGCCUGGCCCCGCCGAGUGCCGGGCACUGCUCGCGGCUGCACUGGAACCCGGCCGGGCGUCGGGAAGCCACACUGCGAGCCCGGAGCGUGUGCGCACCGAAGGGGGACGCCUGUCUCCUCCAGUUCUGCGGCCCGCGUCGGGGCGAGGGCUUCAGAGUGUCAGCUCUAGCCCAGGAGUCUUGCUCCGGACGCGGCUUCAUUUGGGGCCUUCUCCGCAGAACUUGUUAAGGCCUGAAAGGGCAGGAAGCGAUAGAGGAAAUGAGAAGGAGAAGGCAGCCGUGUGUGACUGCGUUGUAGCAUCCGAGAGGAGCGUGAGGGGUCGUCUGUGCGGGACGCGCUGUCCAGCAGGCUCAGGCCUUCCAGGGGGCUCAGGCCCAGAGCCCAGAGCAACCAGCACAAUAGCGUCCAACAGCUGGACCGCCAACAGCAGCCCCGGGGAGGCCCGGGAGGAUGGGUCCGAAGGCCUGGACAAGGGGCUGGACAACGAUGCCGAGGGAGUGUGGAGCCCGGACAUCGAGCAGAGCUUCCAGGAGGCCCUGGCCAUCUACCCGCCCUGCGGUCGGCGCAAGAUCAUCCUGUCAGAUGAGGGCAAGAUGUACGGUCGAAAUGAGCUGAUUGCCCGCUACAUCAAACUGAGGACUGGAAAGACCAGAACGAGAAAACAGGUGUCCAGCCACAUACAGGUUCUAGCUCGGAAGAAGGUUCGGGAAUACCAGGUUGGCAUCAAGGCCAUGAACCUGGACCAGGUCUCCAAGGACAAAGCACUCCAAAGCAUGGCCUCCAUGUCAUCUGCACAAAUCGUCUCUGCCAGCGUCCUGCAGAACAAGUUCAGCCCGCCUUCCCCUUUGCCCCAGGCUGUCUUCUCCACCUCCUCAAGGUUCUGGAGUAGUCCCCCUUUGCUAGGACAACAGCCUGGACCGUCUCAGGACAUCAAGCCCUUUGCCCAGCCUGCCUACCCCGUCCAGCCUCCCCUGCCACCGACGCUCAACAGUUACGAGUCCCUGGCCCCGCUGCCCCCAGCCGCUGCCUCCUCUGCGCCUGCGUGGCAGGACCGUACCAUCGCCUCCUCUCGGCUACGCCUCCUGGAAUAUUCUGCCUUCAUGGAGGUGCAACGGGACCCCGACACGUACAGCAAACACCUGUUUGUGCACAUCGGCCAGACAAACCCUGCCUUCUCAGACCCACCCCUGGAGGCGGUGGAUGUACGCCAGAUCUAUGACAAGUUCCCUGAGAAGAAGGGGGGGCUGAAGGAACUCUACGAGAAGGGGCCCCCAAAUGCCUUCUUCCUUGUCAAGUUCUGGGCUGACCUCAACAGCACAGUUCAGGAGGGCCCUGGGGCCUUCUACGGGGUCAGCUCGCAGUACAGCUCAGCCGACAGCAUGACCAUCAGCGUGUCCACCAAGGUGUGCUCCUUCGGCAAACAAGUGGUAGAGAAAGUGGAGACUGAGUAUGCCCGCCUGGAGAACGGCCGCUUCGUGUACCGCAUCCACCGCUCGCCCAUGUGUGAGUACAUGAUCAACUUCAUCCACAAGCUGAAGCACCUGCCCGAGAAGUACAUGAUGAACAGCGUGCUGGAGAACUUCACCAUCCUGCAGGUGGUCACAAGUAGGGACUCACAGGAGACCCUGCUCGUCAUCGCUUUUGUCUUUGAAGUCUCCACCAGCGAGCAUGGGGCACAGCAUCAUGUCUACAAGCUUGUCAAAGACUAGCGUCCCAUUGACGUCCACCAGGAUGCAAGACAGACUUUCUUCCACACACCUGCCUGCCUGGGCUCCCACGGUGUGGGUUGGGGGACUCACCCACCCAUGGGCUUGAGGCUGGGACCCAGGCUGCCUCCUUGGCCCCGGCACACACGCUCCCUGCCACUGUUCUGCGCUUUACUGGAGAGAAGGGGGCUCUGUGGUGAUGUGGCCUUCCUGGGCAUUGACCCACAGAUGACCGGGUCCCACCUGGCCUCAAGUGACAUCAGAGUUGGAGGAUGGAGGACACCUGCGGGCUUAGUGCCUGGUCUCUGGCUCCUAAGGGAGCCAUGAGCAGGUGAGGGUAGAAUGGAGACCAGAGAGGCAGCUUGCAAGGCUGCCCUGGUACAAGGUGUCAAGUUGGGGGCUGGGCUAAGGAUGGCCCACACUUCUCGGUACCUUCUAGGUACCAGCCUGUUCCCAGGCCCCCUGUGCAGUGAGCUUGGGUCUCCUGUAUCAAAGUGCCAAGAUGGAGGCUCACAAAGUGGGCGGAGCUGGAGCCUAAGUUCAGCUACCUCCCUAGAACAGGGCUGGCUACAGGGGCGGGGGCUGUGCUGGCCCAGAGCAAGCGGUACAGCUGGGCUGGAGGCUGGACAGCAUACCCACAGCUAGGCACCCCUUCAAUGACAGGUGGCAGGGAGCAGGAGGCUGGAACUUGAAGAGCCCUUGUCUCCUCCCCUCCCCUGCUUCCUCCACAUCCAGGCCCCUGAGGGUCAACUGGCCUGUCCCCAGGUCACCUGGGUAUUUAUGAGUUUCAAAUGAAGUACUGUGCCCCUCCUCAUCCUGCCCGAGCUUCCUGAAGGUUUUCACCGUUCGCAUACUGCUCAGGCCACCUCCAACCCCCACCUAGGUUUUAUAACAUGUAUUAUAUGUAUUUUUGUGUAUUUUUAAAUCCAGCUGUGAUGGGCUAUAUCAUAAAUGGCUCAAGGCAGGGGCCCAUGGCCUGGUUCCUGCUAAAACAAUUAAAAAAGCUGUUGGGUCAGGA